CCCAGGCGCAUCAUCAGAGCUGACGUGGGCUCUACGUGUGCAUCGAGUCGGGCUUCCUCCGCACCCGUAACGAGUGACGAGACUCUACGUAAAAGUCGGUCUACAGAGAGCUGACUGUGCAUUUCCUCUCUGCUAUGCUGCUAGGCCGAUCGCCAUGGAAACUGCAACCAUAGAGGAAGCCAGUUCAACUGAGAAAGUAACAAGUGAGGGGAAUGAGUGUGUGUCUGAUGGACAGACACUGCAGGUGCAUGGAGUCAUUCAGACCACACAGCCCUCUGUUAUCCAGUCACCUCAGAUACAAACUGUGCAGGUAGCCGUUGAUACUCGUGGAUCGGGUACAACAUCAUCAGAUCCUCAGAAGAGGAGAGAGAUUCUGUCCAGACGACCAUCUUACAGGAAAAUUCUUAAUGAGUUGUCAUCAGAUGUGCCUGCUGUGCCUAAGAUCGAGGAAGAGGAGAGAGUGGAGGAAGAAGCCCCGGUCACCUCCAGUGUUGCUCCAGUGACGGCACCAUCGUCAAUCUACCAGACCAGCUCAGGGCAAUACAUUGCAAUCACUCAGGGUGGAGCGAUACAGCUGGCCGGCCCUGGAGGAGAGGCGCUGCAGGGGGUCCAGGCUCUGACUCUUCCCAGCUCCACCACACCGCAGCCUGGGGCCACUAUCCUGCAGUACGGUGCCCAGCCUGGAGACCCCGGCCAACAGCUACUGCUCGCCGCUGGACAGGUGCUCGUUCAGGCUGCCACAGGAGACAUGCCAGCAUAUCAGAUCCGCUCCCCGUCAUCAGGUUUACCACCAGGCGUCAUUAUGGCAGCAUCACCAGGGGCCAUGCACAGCCCGCAGCAGAGCACAGAGGAGGCCACACGCAAGAGAGAAGUCCGCCUCAUGAAGAACAGGGAGGCAGCGCGCGAGUGUCGCAGAAAGAAGAAAGAAUAUGUGAAGUGCUUGGAGAAUCGUGUCGCUGUGCUGGAAAACCAAAACAAGACUCUCAUAGAGGAGCUCAAAGCUCUUAAAGACAUCUACUGCCACAAACCAGAAUAGCCCUCACAAACACUGCGCAAGGACUGUGUGAUUCACUACCUGUCUCUUCUCUUCUUCUGUUGCAUCGCCUGGAUUUUUGCAUUUUUCUGUUUGGCCAAAUUUUUCAUAAGAAGUUGCUAAUGUUGCUUUGAGGAUGCACCUCACAGACGCACACACACACACACACACACAUACAUUUUGAGAUGGGCAUGUACUAUUGGUGUUCUCUGUGUUUUGAAAAAAGCUGGAACUCUUAAUUGAUUUGUGUGUAAAAAUAUGUAUUUUCCUUUUUUAGGUUGAAAUCAGAGCAAGCAAAGGAAAUGGCAUAAGUAGUCAUGUUAACUGGCUACACACUGCACACAUAAACAGCAUUUUUGGUGUUAAGGUAAUUUUUGGAAUGCACAGAAUUUAGCAGGUAAUAUAAAGAAAAUACACUGUAAACCCAUUUGAAGCAACAUAAAAUGAUGGAUUAAUAUCAGCGACAAUCUAUACAGCAAACAUGUACAACGCUACAAAUUACAUUAUGCAUUUAAAUUGGGUCUUUUUCUUCAUGUAAAUUAGAUUUCAUUCAAGUUUGUACAUUUCAAUCUGAAUUUUGAAAUUUGUUUUUAACAAAGAAAAUACUUAAUGCAGGGCCCCGGAAGUCAUAAGGUUAGUUAAUGCUAUGUGUGCAGUGUUAAAUACUUAAUUGCUAAAACGCAACCCUUUCCACUAGAUUUUUGUUUUGUUUUAUGUAAGUGAAAUUAUGCAUUAGAUUGAACUGUUUGAAGUUUAUUAGUAGUCAUUUGAGCUCAUUGGCUGAAUUUAACAGUGACCUAAAAUGUCACCAAGAAAUGUUACAGUGUUGGUGAUUACUUAUUGUUGGUUUAAGUGUUUAAACGGAUAGUUCACCCAAAAAUGUACAGUUUGUGUGCUGUAUGCGUUUUUUUCUCCUGUUGUACACAAAAGGUGACAUUGACAUAUGUCUCAUUGUUUUUUUUUGACCAUACAAUGUAAGUGAGAGGGAUCCAGUUUUGGACCUCACUGUAUUACAUUGUGAAGACAAAGCCAGUUCUUUAAAUUACGAAAGAAAGUCAUACAGGUUUGGAAUUACAUGUGGGUGAGUAAAUAAUGAGAAUGUUAAUUUUAUGGGUGAACUGUCCCUUUAAGACUACUCCUAACUCUCUUUAUUAUUAUUAUACAUUUUAUUCAAUUUGUACUAUAAGUACACCUAUGUCAAUUGAUUCAUGUCUUGGUAAAAAUUAAGUCAUUUUGUUAAAAUACAUUUUACCAGAUCAAUAUGCAGAGACAGACUAUAAAUUAACUAUUUGUAAGUUGAUUGCUCUGUUUGUUUGAGCAUCCCAACAUUGGCUCAACCAAUGCAGUCGUUUUGAGGCGGAUCUAUCUGUUUGUUAAUGAAAGAUGGAUGGCGUGUUUUGGAAGCCUGUGUGAACAUGUUUAAAAAAUUUUUUCAAAUCCAUUUGGUGAAGCUAGAGGCAAGAAAAUUACUCUUGAGCUUUAAUGCUUUGUUUGUGCUCCAGUUCAUAUCGUGAGGAACAGCACAUGACUUUUGCAUGGACAAAGGAAAAAGGUGUAACAUUAUGAAUUGUGAACAUGAUACAAUAGGUGGCUGUCACACUCACAAAUGUUGCUUGUGAUGAAAUAUUGUAUAUUAUCUUAAAUCGCAGUAACUUGUAUUUCAGUGUUUAUGACCGUAGAAGAAAAGAGGCUUUUGUGAUACAAAUGCAGAUUCUCUAAAUCAGACAAGUGGCAUUAACUGAACAGAAUUCCUCAUAUUUCAGCUGUUAGGAUGCCGUGUUUGUGUGUAUCUUCUGUUUUCUCAGACUAUGCUAGUCAUCGUAACUUUAUCUUAACUUACAGCCAAUCACAUUUCUAUUUCUGUGAUGUUCUAUUGUAUGUCUGGUAGAAAAUUAAUUUGGUUUAAUAUUUAAAUAGCUUGUUUUCAGUUAAUCUCUAAAUUAGAUUACGUAUAUGCCCUUCCCUUCUUUGACACUGUACAGAAUGCUGACAUCUAUUUUUAAAUAAAAUAUUUUUGUAAAUGUA